UCCCUUUCCAACGUUCUAUUUUUUUUGUUCGGUUUUUGAGAGGCAUAAGCGACGCAAGCGGAAGUUAAGGUGUGUUCUUGACUUGACAGGUGCUCAAAAAAAGGCGAAUUUUCCCACACAUAUCUGGGCAAGGUGGUGUUCGUGUGCCCUUAGAAACUGUGCCUCGGUCAGCGAUGUCUACUGGGGAGGAUCAGAAUGUGGAAUGCCCGCUGUGCAUGGAACCACUGGAAAUGGACGACAUCAACUUCUUCCCGUGCACUUGUCUAUACCAGAUUUGUCGAUUUUGUUGGCACCGUAUCAGGACUGACGAAAAUGGGCUCUGUCCCGCCUGCAGAAAACAGUAUCCCGAGGACCCGGCCGACUUCAAACCGCUCUCGGUGGAAGAGCUGCAUAGGAUAAAAAACGAGAAGCGACAGAGGGACCUGCAGAGGAAGCAGAAGCUGUCCGAAAAUCGUAAACAUUUGGCGAACGUUCGCGUUGUACAGAAGAAUCUGGUGUUUGUAGUGGGCCUGCCACCACGACUAGCGGACGCGGAAACUCUCAAGAAGCAGGACUGUUUCGGUAAAUACGGUAAGACUCACAAAGUGGUCGUCAAUCAGAGCACCUCAUACGCGGGGCUGCAAGGCCCUUCAGCGAGCGCCUACGUCACCUACUACAAGGCGGAGGAUGCGUUGCGAGCCAUCCAGGCUGUCAACAACGUGAAAGUGGACGGAAGGACUCUAAAGGCUUCCCUCGGCACCACGAAGUACUGCAAUUAUUUUUUGCGUGGCCAGCAGUGUCCAAAGACGGACUGCAUGUAUUUGCACGAGUUGGGUGACCAAGCGGCGAGUUUCACAAAGGAAGAGAUGCAACACGGUAAACACCAAGAGUACGAGCGUAAGCUGCACGAACAGAUGUUAGCGGCUAACAAUAACGUGGCUGCGUGUGCCCCUCCGCCCGCUGUGGCUCCGGCCGCUGCGCCUCUUGUUACUACUGCCCCGAAGAAGGCCAACAAGCCGCGUAAGCCAGGGCUGGCACCGCGGCACGCUAGGCAGAGUGAACAGAAAGCUGCUGCGGCCGCAGCUGCUGCAGCGGCGGCGGCGGCGGCACCCAAGGAGAACAGAAGCACACCGCCUGAAGAUCCGUCGCCAACGUUUACGGCAUCCCUAUCGCCCCCGUCUCCCGAGACGACCAGGGCUGGCGGUGACGAUGCGAUCGUCCACGAAGACGACUUGGGUUUCGACCCGUGGGACGAGUGCUCCAAGGGCUUAGCAGACUUGCUUGAAAAGGAGGCAGUCUCGGCGACCACCUCGACAACGACGGCUACACCACGCUUGGUGAGCGGCAAUUCUCUCGGUGCUCCACCACCAACAGUCCUCUCGACUCCGCUGACAACCCCGCUUACGACACCUCUAUCCACCCCUCUCUCGACGCCACUGUCGGCACCUUUGGCCAGAAGUUUGUCAGCACCGUUGCAGGGCCCCUUGUUGUCGAUGCACCAUCAACAGCGGACACCCUUCCUGCAGCCGUCACGCCCAGCUCCGCCUUUCGAACCUUUGCUACGCAGGCCUCCACCGCCGCCGGGCUUUAGUCCAUUCCUAGUGGGACAGCAAACACAGAAACUGAUGCCCCUGCCGACGCACCAGGGGCCUGCCAUGCCUGGUGCUGGGAAUGGGCUGGCAGAACUGUGUGCGCUGCGUGAGUCCCAAGAAGCACUGCGCUCACUUUUACCCACAGUGAACAUAACCUUCGGGCCACCACAUGGGGGCAGCCCACAGGCUGGUGCCGGUCCGCACCACGCACCACACCUGCGGGGGCCUUCACAGUUCGGAAACAGCUGUCCCCCACCCUGGGGCAACAGUGGUGUUCCAGACAUGCCCUGGAUUGCUCAGGACCCUGCCAUCUUGUCUGGGGGAAGCCUAUCAGAUGCCACUAACAUGGCUGCGCGUUUCUAGGCUUCUCUUUCUCUCUACCCGCUGCACUCUUAUACCAAUUCCCGCCUUCCCUCUCAAUUUUUUUUUUUCUUUACAUCGACCACUGUGGGGAUCGUUACGAUUUCCACGGAACCGAAAUUUGACCCGGUUACGUCUUUCUCUAAGAAGACUCCCUGCGGUGCUGCUGUAAAAGCUCUUUCUUUUUUUUUCUCAUUCUCUCUUUACUUUCAAAAUUAAGAAAAAAGAUCCCGCCAUGCGAUGGAAUAAAAAGUAUGCAGUGAAAUUGAAGGCAUUUGGUUGCAGUUGUCACGAGUGCACCGCCCAGAUGGUUCAUUGGUCUACAACAUACCGUGCUAUGCAUUGGCCAAGCAGGAGUGCGUGUUGAUCAGUAGCUGUUACUUGUCACUCUGAUGCGUUGCUCUAGCCAUUCUUUGCAUUUACUGCAACAACAAACACUGGACAAUGUGUAUGCUAGUUCAGUUUAAGGUCACUUUGUGCUGUUGAAGGUUAGGCACUCUGAUGUAAUUAAAUUAGCGGCCUAAAAUUCUGUUGCAUCCGGUAAAGGUCCUCAUUGGACUCUAAAACAUGCAAAAUAUGCACUUGGCUGUAAUCAUUGCUGAAGAAAGCUUGCAAUGCUAUGUGAUUGGACCUUCGCGAAAGAAGCGAAAGCUGCUGUUUUCUUUAACCUAUGUUUUCCUCCAGAAUCUAUGGCAUGGGGUUCUUUAUAUGUUCUCUCUCUCCUCUCUUUCUCUCUGUAUCUCAUUAACACACUCCAGCUCAGAGCCACAAAUGCACUGUUUGUGUCCUCAGGCUUGUCCUCCAUUGAUUUUUUUUUUUUCCAGUGUGAUGAUUUGGAGCUUUCUCUACAAGCAGCUUGCCCUUGUUGCAUAUUGUUUAGAGUUUGUUAUAGUGCAAAUAUUUUUGGAACAAAGCAUUCUUUUUUGUUAGUGAUAAUGGCUAUUUUUUGCUUUCUGAGCACGACAACAGUUGAUAUUUUUGUUAUUCAGUUUCACAGUAUCUACAUCAGUGCUGUGACUAAAUGGAUUUUAUGCAUAAAAAGAGCUUCUAUCAUAA